AUGAACGCUUUUCCAAAUGGCACUAGGGUCUUCUACUGGGCAUCCGGUGGUGAAAUCAAGUACGGUACUGUGCAGGCAACCAACCGCAUGGCUGAUGGUACCCAGAUUGUGGUGGUGAAGGUGGAUGGGGAAGGCCACGCGCAGUUACCGUGA